GACGUCUCCUCUACAGGUCACGGUCAAUGUUAUAAACCUUCCACUGGCAGGCACACUAUUUGCUAGUGUAUAAUCCCCACUAGCAGGGUCACUCAUACAAACCGGCUCUAUCACUAACAUGUCGACAUGUGCUAGCGUUUAACCCCCACUAGCAGAGUCAUUAAUAACAUGAUCACAUCGGAGACAAAAUAGGCUGAAGUUAACAGAAAAAUCAUAAUUCACCAAUCACUUUCAAAUCAUUGGGACAAUCAAUUAAAUUUCAAGUAGGCAUGCUCAAUUUAAUAAAAAGCAUAAAAAUUUCAUUUCAAUCGAUCAUACUUGUGUAAAACAGGUUUAGUCCCGCCACCACUUCAAAACAAAUCAAAACAUGCUUUUAAAAACUGUAUGGGCAUUACCAUAAAUUUACUUACCUCAAAUCACAUAAAACCGAGCACUCAAUUCACGUACUAAAGUACCCCAAGGAUCAAGAACCUAAUCAAAAUAUCCGAGAAUUAAUACCGUACCAUCACAAAUUCAAAGUGAAAUCAUCAUUAGCACUACCCCUCAUCACGAUGCUACUUUCUAUCGAUCUCCACAUUACCAGACAUCUCCAAAUUUUAAUCUGUGAACAGUGCCAUAAACAGUAACUGCACUUCCAAAAAUCGGCCAAAACACUAGCUAAUUCACGGGAUUUCUCCAAAAAUCACAGCAACUAAUCAAGCUAAUUUCUCUACCUAAACCAAGCUUAAAACAUAACUUAAUGCUGCCAAAAUUCAUCCCCAAUUUCAACAGAAAUUCCCGAACAGUACAAGGGCAAAUCAAAGGCAGAAAAUUCAAGAUUCAAGGCAGCAAAUGAACGGACAAAUUUGGGGUUGGAGGGCUGUCACAUACCGGAAUUUAACAAGCAAAAUUGGAGCUGUAGUUGGGGAAGAGCUGGCGGGAAGUGCAGGGGGAAAUUCACGCAAUCUACCAAAAAUUGAAGGAACCCAGAGCAAUUAAGGUAAACCCAAGGCAAUUCAAAGCUAGAGAAAGGAGAUUCAUGGCUGUUUCUUACCGAAAAAAUGCCCUGAAAUCACCCACAAUCAAGAGCAGCCGGCGGUGAGGAAGGAAGGAGCAGAGCAGAUCCGGAAUUCUCUGCAGGGGGGGAAGGUUUCAAAGCUCCAAUCUUGUUCUUGAACAAGAAAAGAAGGCCAAAACCAAGCUUUCUCAUCGGUUUUCCUCAAGGCUGGUGCCGGCGGCUUGGCUUUUUUUUCUUUGCUCGGUGCAGGGGAAGAAAAGAAGACCAGAAUCGGGCUGAAGAAGAAAGAAAGAAAGAAAAAGAAAAGAAGCUCAUCCUUAUCCAAAUUUUCCCUCUUUAAGUCCCUCAAGUUUAGACAUCUUGGCUAUUAAUCCCAAAACAAUAUUUUUUCACAAUUUAGUCCUUAACUUAAUGCUAAAAUAUCACAAAAUUUUGGGGUAUUACAUCCACCCCUCCUAAAAAUGAGUUUUGUUCCCAAAACUCAAAUUGAGGAUCAUCUAGACUGGUAAAUGGCUUCACAUAAUCCAAGACAAC